ACCGACGGGACGGCCGCCAGUGACGCAGCCGACGAGGACACCAGGGUAUGACUAUCAAACACCUAGUAAACCCUUCCCACCUGUAACGAUACCAACGCAGAGGACACCGAUUCAAACGGUACCAACUCAGAGGAUACCUACGAGGACACCAGGGUAUGACUACCAAACACCUAGUAAACCCUUCCCACCUGUAACGAUACCAACACAGAGGACACCGAUUCAAACUAGACCAACUCAGAGGAUACCUACUCAAACGAUACCGACGCAAAGGAUACCAACUCAAAGAAUACCGACUACGGGAUAUGAUUAUUCGCCGCCUGAUAAACAAUUUACAUUCCCACCUCAAAGGCCGCAAGAUACAACUAGGCCACCAGUGAAGAAACCACCGCCACGGCCUUAUCCACCACCGCAGCCUCCUCAGCCACCGUCUCCACCGAGACCGUAUCCUCCUUCACAGCCUCCUCAACCACCGUCUCCACCGAGACCGUAUCCGCCUUCGCAACCCCCUCAGCCACCGUCUCCACCGAGGCCGUAUCCUCCUUCGCAGCCUCCUCAGCCACCGUCUCCGCCGAGACCAUAUCCUCCAUCGCCACCUCCGCAGCCACCGUCUCCACCGAGACCGUACCCUCCUUCGCAGCCUCCUCAGCCACCGUCUCCGCCGAGACCAUAUCCUCCAUCGCCACCUCCGCAGCCACCAUCUCCACCGAGGCCGUAUCCUCCCUCACAGCCACCUCAGCCACCAUCUCCACCGAGGCCGUACCCGCCUUCGCAACCUCCUCAGCCACCGUCUCCGCCGAGGCCAUAUCCCCCAUCGCCACCUCCGCAGCCACCGUCUCCACCGAGACCGUACCCUCCUUCGCAGCCUCCUCAGCCACCGUCUCCACCGAGGCCGUAUCCGCCUUCUCAGCCUCCUCAGCCGCCGUCUCCGCCGAGACCUUAUCCCCCAUCGCCACCUCCGCAGCCACCAUCUCCACCGAGACCGUAUCCUCCUUCGCAGCCUCCUCAGCCACCGUCUCCACCGCGACCUUAUCCUCCUCAAAAACCGCCAACACCAGGACCUCCUUACAUACCUCCUGAGCCUCCUC